AUGGGCGCGGAGCUGCUGAGACCAGCUGGCGGUGCCCGCCUGCCCCCGUGCCAGCUGACGGAGGAGGACGCGAGUGCCCACCCUGGCUUGGCCAACCUGCUGCUCGGCCUGACCCCCUACCUGGACCCCAGCGGGCUCAGCACCCCCCUGGCCCGCCAGCUGGAGCAGGUGGGGAAGGAGCUGCAGCUGCGUCGGGCGGCCUGGCUGCACUGGGAGGCCCUGCACCGGCUCCUGCAGGAGGCGCUGAUGGAGCAGAGGGCCUGCAGGGGGGACGCCAGCCCUGCCCCGCAGGACAGGAAGUUCCUGGAGACGCUGGAGCAGCGGCUGCUGCUGGGGGAGCUGAGCCGCAUCCUGGAUUCGGGCCCUUCCCUGCGUGGCGACCGGCCCCCCCUGCUGGGCCUGGGGGCCCCUGACCUGCUGGAGCUGCUGCCCCCGAGCCAGGACCUGGUGCUGCUGCAGCAGCACCUCCCCCAGGAGAUUGAGGAGCGGCUGCGGCGCAAGGGGCUGGCCCUGCUGAGCUACCACCGGCCCGAGAGCGACAGCGCGGGGGAGACGGCGCGCUGCGCCAUGCUCUGGACCCUGGCGGAGGGACUGGCAGCGGAGCAGCGGCGCCUGCAGGCGGCCCGGAACCGGCGCCGGGAGCUGAUGGGGCUCUUGGAGAGGCAGAGAGCCGCCUACCCGCAGGUUCUCCUGCGGUGCCUGGGCCUGCUGCGGCGCCUGGCCCAGGAACACCGGCUCGGGACACAGGCCCAUCUGGACCAGCUCAACACCCACUACCUGGAGGUGAAGUGCAGCGCCAUGUUCCUCAAGAUCCGGCUGGAGGAGCUGAGCGUGCUGUUGGACACCUACUCGCCGGAGAAGGUGGAGGCGCAUCGGGCCAUCAGGGCCGGCCUGCAGGGAGCCGUGCAGCAGCAGGAGCAGGAGCUGGCCACGGCUCAGAAGAUCCUGGCCACCUACGAGAGCCUGGGGCCCGAGUUCGAGGGGCUGGUGCAGGAGUACGCCCAGCUGUGCGGGGGCAUCGAGAACAAGCGCUGGGCCCUGCAGGAAUUCAACAAGGGCUGCCACUGACGAGGGGCUCGGGCCCCACUUCCUGGGCGCAAAUAAACAUGGCGCUGGAUCCCCU